AGAGGGAGAUGGAGGAAGGGGGAGGAGGCGGGAUUCCAAUCCGGUUCCAUCUAGUUCUCUGGACUGCUCCCGCUGCGGGUCCUAGUAGCCCAGCGGCGGGAGGAGGAGCGUCGAGGCCCAGCAGCCCUGCUUGAGAAGAAGCGGCCGCGGCCUUUUCCCUCCGACCCCAGACCCUAGUCGCUCCCGCCGGUGCUCGCCCGUGUGUGGGGAGAGGGAGCUGAUCCACACUCGCAGCCAAGAUGCCCAAGAGGAAGGUCAACUCUGCAGAAGGGGAAGUAAAGGAGGAGCCCAAGAGGAGAUCUGCCAGAUUGUCAGCUAAACCAGUCCUUACAAAGGUUGAACCCAAGCCCAAAAAGACAGCAGGGAAGGAUAAAUCUGAGGACAAAAAAGUUCACACAAAAGGAAAAAAAGGAGCAAAAGGAAAACAAACUGAAGCUACUAACCAAGAAGAAAAUAAAGAUGAAUUGCCUGCAGAAAAUGGAGAAACUAAAAAUGAAGAGGUUCCAGUCUCUGAUUCAGCAGGAGAAAAAGAAACCAAAUCUGAAUAACAUCUUAUACCAAGUCUUUUAACAAUUGUCCCUGUUACCUCCCUUCUUGUACAAUUCAGAGGAAUAUUUUUAUCAACUAUUUUGUAAAUGCCAGUUUUUUAGUAGCUCUAGAAACACAAUUUUUAAGGCGGCAAUCCCACCUCAUCACAUUAAUUUUUUAAAACAUUUAGAUAAGUGUGAGCCAAUCUAAAGUGGCUUUAUUUAGAGUCCUAUUUAAAGAGGUAAAAUUGUGUGCUGGUUGUCAGUUGGUUUUUGUUUGUUUGUUUUAAUACAACCAGAAAUUAAUAGAAUGUUGGUUAGGAAGAUGUUGCAUUCUUAUGCAUAGGAUGAACAUUCCAUAGACAGUUUUUACAUUAUAUUAAAUGAAGCAUAAAUAACAAUUUGGAGUUGUGACCAUGAAUUUUAAAGUUCUUAUUUUAAUUAAUCUGUAUCCAUCUUGUCUUUCAGUUUCCUAAAUAAAUUGUUUCCUAAAUAAAACUGCCCCCUGAUGUUGGAUCUCCCUUUCAAAAUUGUGUGCUAUGUGUGACAUUGUCAUCUUUGGUAGUGGUGGUACAAUUUUUUUUCCAGUAAUUUUGUUAAUGUGCUGUAAAAGACUGGAAAAUGUGUAUAAUGAGUAUAGUUUUCUCAGAUAUAGAAUUAGUAUAAUUUUGAUUUGUAAAAGACAUAAUACCUUAUCCAUAUUCAGGAUGCUGGUAUUUGAUAACCUCUUUUUAGGGAGAGUUGCCUCCAAAUUUAAAAUAAGAAAGUCACUGGAAUAACAGUUUAGAAAAGAAUUACAACUACAUAAUUUUUAGACUUUUCUAGCAUUUUUUAAAUGUACAAUUUAUUCAGUGUCUAUGUACUGAUGACCAAACGAACUAAUAAAAUCUUGAUUA